CUGAGUCAUGAAGUUUUCAGCCCCAGCAUGUGGCUCCUCCUUAACUGUGUCUGCUCAGCCUCCCUCAGCCCUGUGAACAGCCUCCCCACACACAGACCACAGAGCAGGGCUCUCUCUGCUACCACUUCACCUUCCUGAGAGAGGGCCAGCCGGCCAGAGCCUCAGUGACCGCCGCCCUGGAGGACAGGGCACAACAGCCAUUUCUGGAGAGAAUGGAAGGAUUCCAGAAGGGCAAAUAUGGAACUAUGGCUGAAGGUAGAUCAGAAAAUGACAGGUUUGCAACACCACCAGCAUUGAGGAUUAUCCUAGUGGGUAAAUCAGGCAGCGGGAAAAGCGCCACAGGGAACAGCAUCCUUGGCCAGCCCGUGUUUAAGUCCAAGCUGGGGGCCCAGUCGGUGACCAGGAUGUGCCAGGUGGAGACAGGCACAUGGAACGGGAGGCAAGUCCUGGUGGUCGACACACCCUCCAUCUUUGAGUCAAAGGCUGAUACCCAAGAGCUGUACGAGGACAUCGGGGACUGCUACCUGCUCUCUGCCCCAGGGCCCCACGUGCUGCUUCUGGUGAUCCAGCUGGGGCGUUUCACCACCCAGGACACGGUGGCCGUCAGGAGGGUGAAGGAGGUCUUUGGGGUAGGGGUCAUGAGACAUGUGGUCAUCCUCUUCACCCACAAAGAGGACUUAGCGGGCCAGGCCCUGAAUGACUAUGUAGCAAACAUAGACAACUGCAGCCUGAGGGUGCUGGUGCAGGAGUGCGAGAAGAGGUACUGUGCCUUCAACAACCGGGCCACUGAAGAGGAGCAGAGGCAGCAGCGGGCAGAGCUCCUGGCUGUGGUUGAAAGGCUGGAGAGGGAGCGAGAGGGUUCCUUCCACAGCAACGACCUCUUCCUAGAUGCCCAGCUGCUCCAGAGAGGCGGGGUCGUGCCCUGCCAAGAAGACUACAGGCAGUACCUGGCCAAGGUGGAAUGGCAGGUGGAGAAGCAGAAGCAAGAGCUGAGGGAGGACGAGAGUAACUGGCCGUGCAAGGCACUCCUCAGAGUCGGGCGCCGGGUGCUCUUGCACUAUGAGAUUUGUGCUUUUCUUUUUUGGUGCAGCAUACUUUUUCUUCUUUUAUUUCUGUUCAUCUUGCAUUAUCUUUAAGUCUCUCGACCCUGGGGCCUUUCUGAAGUACCACCGAAUGGAGUCAUUAUUCUAAGAAUCCCCGAUUCCGAUUCGAUCCUUGUGGUCUGUGGAGCAAGCUGCUUGCUGUCUGUACAGCUCCCAUUUCCCCUUCUUCCUUAUAGACUUGGAGCUGCGUGCCUCUGCUCCGGGGCCGCCUGGCUGCUCUAAGCACAAUGCCACUCUCUCUGCCAAUGACUGCCUCAGGAAUGGGCCUGAGAGCCGAUGCAGACGCAUGAGAAGUGAGUAAAAGUCUGCAGAGGUGGGGAUGGAUGGUCUCUCUUUAGAUAGAGCCUGUCUUCAUCCCUGGCGUUGUGGGGUCUGGGUGUGACGGUGGGACUGUCAGCAGCUUUGUGCUGCCAACCUGAGGUUGAAAGCAGUGCCUUAGAGCAGCCAGAGAGUUAGGGCCACCUGGGCCCUGAGCCACCAGCCUGCAGCCUGCCCUAUCUCUGCAUUUCCUGUUGUGUUACCCAAUAAAUUUCCUAAUUGUUUAAGCUAUUUGAGUUCCAGGUCUCUUUUAACCUGCAUUUGAAAACAUUCAAACUAAUGAAAAUUUCUCC